AUGGCGGGAAAAGUGGCCACGUGCCUUGUAAUUUCUGUUCAUAUUAUUUAUUAUCUAUCUAAAUCUAAUUAUCUAUCUAUCUAUCUAUCUAUCAUUCCAUUCAUUAUCUAUAUUUAUAUAUCUUUGUUCAUAUCUAUUAAUCUAUCUAUCUAUCGAUCUCAGUCUGUUCAUAUCUAUCUAUCUAUCUAUCUAAAUCUAUCUAUCUAUCUAUCUAUUCAUCUAUCUAUAUCUAUCUUAUCUCAUAUCUAUCUAUCUAUCUAUCUAUCUAUCUAUCUAUCUAAUUAUUAUCUAUCUAUGUAUAUGUAUGUGUGUGUGUGUAUGUUCAUCUCUCUCUAUCUGUUUAUCACUCUCUAUUUAUCUAUCUGUUCACAUCUCUCUCUAUUUAUCUGUUUAUCUCUCUCUCUCCUUCUAUCUGUUCAUCUCUCUAUCUGUUUUCUUUUUUUUUUAACAAUUUUUUUUUCCUUUCUUUCUUUCUUUAUUUUCUUUUUUUUUUUCUUUUUUUUUUCUUUUCAUUUAUUUCUUAAAUAUAAUUUAUUUAUAUAUAUUUUUUUUCUUUAUUUCUUUUUCCUUGAAUUUCUUUUUUUCUUUCUUCCUUCUUUCUUUUUUUUCUUUUUUUCUUUCUUAAAAAUAAAAAUUUCAUUUCUUUUUCAAUUUUAUUUCUUUCUUUCUGUUCAUUUUUUUUUCGUCAUUUUCUUUCUUUCUUUUUAUUUUCUUAAUUUUCUUUCUUUAAAAUUUAAUUUUUUUUUUAUUUCUUGCCAUUUUUUAUCUUUUUUCAUUUUUCAAAAUUUUUUUUUUUCUUUUUCUUGCACUUUCUUUUCUUUUUUAUUCACUUUUUUUCUUUCUUUCUUUGUCUAUAAUCUUUCCUUCUUAGUCUAUACUCCUUUCUUUUUCCAAACAUUUCUAUCUUUUUUAUCACUUUCUUUUUACAUUUAUCUUUCUUUCUCUACAUUAUAUACUUUCUUUUCUUAUUUCUUUUUUUUUCUUUCUUUCUUUCUUUUCUUUUUUAGUUUCUUUCUUAUUUCUUUUUUAUUUUUCCUCUUUCCUCCCAAUGACAAGCAUAAUCCAUUAUAA